AACUGGGGUGCUUUAUGUAACUAAUGCUUUAAAUACGUAUGGGACAGCUCUUUUAAAUGCAUUAGUUUGUACUACAGCUAAAAAGAAUCAUGUUGUUUUAUAUCGCUGCAGGUGGACAGAGGAAGAGGGUUUAUUUGGUCUCCGUGUUUAGAUAAGCUAAGUAGUUAUAUUGCAUUUGUGCAUUAUUGUCGUCUUAUUAAAUAUUCCUCUAUAUGUGCAAAGUGAUAAACAAGGGAGCAACACUGCCAUAGUGAAGGAGACAGAGAUUCGGGACAUUCAGUACUUUCCCUCAGUGACCCCACAUUCCUCCUAACAUUACCAAAGAGACAGUAGAGCUAGCCCACAGUUUCUUUCUGACAGAUAUAUACUUUUUUUUUAUUCAUAAUAAUGGCUGCUGCUUUGUUCAGAAGAGGAACGGGAUUAUGUGUAAGAUGUAUUCACAGGGAGUUGUUCAGACUUGUGUGGAGGCCGCAGACUGCCCAGUUCAGCUCCAAAGCAUCAGACAGAAAAGAACCACGCAGAACACACAUCAAGAAAGCCAAGAACCAGCCAGCGCUGGAUGUUGCUAAGCUCCUGGAGCAGCUUUACUCAACGCGCAGGCCAGGAACAACUUCCUCUGCGAUUAAAGUUCAACCUGCCAAAGCCUCUUCCAGCCCACUCUCAUCUUUGUCAGCAGCUCCUGUGGGAACCCUAAACGUUCCUGUUGUUAAAGAUCCAAUAGGAGCUGAAGUAGAAGCUCCAGAUAAAGAAGCACAGACCAAAAACACAGUCUCAGGAGUGGAUGAUGUUUCCAACACUGCCAAAGAAAUACCCUCAGAAGGAACUGUAACAGCACCGCCAGUAGAAGCCAGCUAUAUUCCUGCUGAAACACUAGAAACUAGAGCUGCUGUUGUUAAAGGUCCAGUUGACCAACAAGUACAAACCAACAGCACAGACUCAGGUCCUUUAAACCUCUUGCACAAUGCUGCAGGAGAACCCUUAAUAGAGACAGUGAUAGAAGAACCAUCCGUAGAGACCAGUAGCUCCACUCUGGAAACACUAGAACAUAGAGCUGCUGUUGAAGGUCCAGUAGAAACUCUAAUAGAGACUGUAGCAGAUGCAGCCCAUCAAGGAGUACAAACCAACAUCGAAGAAUCGGGUGCUUUAAACCUCUCACACAUCGCUGCACAAGUACCCUUUAUGGAAACAGCAUUAGAAGCAUCAGAAGAGACAAGCACCCAUCCUCUGGAAACAGCAGAAAGUAGAGCUGCAGGUGUGGACCUUACAUUAGAGCCGAAAGUAAACGCAACAGUAGAUUCUCCUCCUCAGUCAGUACCAGCCAAUAAUGCAGACUUAGGGCCCGAUAACCUCUCACACACAUCUGUAGAAGAACCCUUACUAGAAAUGGUAGAACCAUGUGAAGAGGCCAGUGUCUCUCCUCUGGAAACACUAAAGAAUAUAUCUAGUGUUGCUGUGGGUUCAGUAGAAGCUACAAUCGUAAGCAUUGAAGAAACGGCUGAUAAGGUUGUUCAAACCAACAGCACAGACUUAGGAGUGGCUGAUGCCUCAUCUACUGCCAAGGAAGAACCUUUAAUAGAGACUACAACAGAACCCGUAGUAGAGGCAAGAACAUAUGUAGAAGCUGCUGUUUCAGAAAGUACAGUAGAGCCUACAAUAGUUGCUGAUGUGAACCUCUCACACACCGCCUUCAUUCGAAACACACCAGAAUCUGAAUCCCCGCAUUUAAAAGAGGAAGUAGAAUCAUCUUCAGGAAAUGUCCCUGAGGAGAGAGUGAACCGGUCCGAACAAAUGACGUUAGAGUCUGUCACACUCCAUGGAGUUCAGGUUCAGGUAGAGUCUUUAGAAACUGAAGAGCUCCUGCAAGUGAAUGUGUUUCUCAGUGGAAAAGUGGAAGAAAAGCUACAGGAGUUGUUAGUUCAGACUGGGAUUGGAGCUGAAAGCAGAGCUGCUGCUGAAAGUCAGAACUCAGCUGAAGAUGAGGGCGAAAGUUUACGUCAAGCUCUCUCGAAAUGGGACUCCCUGUCUGAAGAUCUGCAAGAGCUGGAAGGAGAAAGUGGAAUGUUAGUGAAUGAACUGCUGUGUCAUGUUCCUGCAGGGAUUUCUAAAACUCCUGAUUCGGCCUCUGAUCCUCCCGCAGGGUCAAACCGAGAGUCUUCGCCAACGUAUGAGAAGGACGCUGAAGAAGAGGCCAUGACGCUGGAAUCAAUAACUCUAGCGAACGUGAAAGCUGAAGUUAGAGGUCUCGAAACUGAAGUUCUCUUACAAGCCAGGAAUGAACUCGAGAAAGAAGCUGAGGUACUUGCAAAAGCGGAGAAGAUGGAAGUACUGACCAGGGAAGAGGAGGAUUCUGUUUUUGAAAGCUUAACAGACGCUGAGCUUUUAUCACUUGAUUCAAUCUGUGAAGCUACAGAUGCAAUAGAAGCUGAGGCAGCCGUUAUUUUAGAGGUCAUGUUCGGUUCUGAGCAAGGACUGAGGCAGCCACCGGAAAAUGUACAGGUUGACCAGAAAUUGGGACAAAAGGAUGAAGGGAUCGGUCAGGGCGAGGGAAAAGAGUCUGGAGAGCGGGACGUGAGAGUCUUGGAGGCCAUGACUCUUGAGUCUGUGACUUUGGCCGAAAUGGAGGCAUCUCUGGGAAAUCUGGAGAGCGAGUUUCUAAGUGAAACCACAAAUUAUCUGGAGAAAGAAGCUGAGGUUUUUGCUUUGGAGAAGGGAGUGCAGGUAGGGGAUGAGGUGACAUCUGAAGAGGAGACAACGGCCCUGAACAUCGAGUCUUUGUCUCUACUUGAAGAUGAAGUUCUGUCUGAAGCGCUACAGGUUGACGCACUGAUGGAGGAGUUGCUCUUUUCCGUUCCUGGGCCGAUAAAAGAUGCAACCCAAAGUCCGAUUGAUCAGGAGGCUGUAAGAGAACAUGAAUUGGAUGCAACAGUUGCCACUGGGUCAGUCAACAUUGACACAGCGACUGCAGUGGGAGAUGAUUUUUCAGCAUCUCCCGCCCCCAGGGAUGUCCUGCAGGGAGAGGAGGUGGAGGUGGACGAGGGAGCGCAAAAUGAAUCUUUGGAGAAUGUUGAUGAUGCAGGGACACACUCAGAUUUAGAUCCAGUACAGAGACUCUUCCUGGAGAAGAUCAGAGAGUAUAGCAACAUGCACAGGUUGAAUGGAGGGCCGUUGGAGGCAAAUCCAGAUUAUGAAAAAAACCUGUCAGAGGAGACUGCAAAGCUCCAGAGACUGUUUGGAGGAGGAGACCUGAGCAGCUUCCCUGAGUUCACCUUCACUGAUCCCAAAAUGGACCAGGACUCCUAAUGAUUUGUGAUGCCUACCUCCUACCCGAAGCCCUUUCGUAACCUCUUCUCCUUGUGUCUUUCCUCUCUGAAGUCCACCUCCAUUUUACCACAAUGAGGAGCAGAAAGAAGAGGCAUUGGACGUUUGUUUGGUUGGUUGAUCCAACAUGAAAAUAAGGGAAAUGUAUUCUUGGCUGGCUGGUUAUACUGUGCAAUAAUAAGAGAAACAAAUUUAUUUCAUUAAAGCAGCGCUUUCAAAU